AUGGCUUUUGUUCGCCUAACAGAUCCAACCCUGUCGCAAAAUGUUCAAAUAAUAGCUUUUGCAAAAAAUGACUCGUUUGAGAAGCUGAAGUCAAUUGAAGCAAAUAGCCCGGUGGUCGUUCAAGGGGUAGUCCAGCAAAAACAAGCUAGUUCCAAGGAGAAGACAGCCGCAGAGCAAGAUGAAGCCAAGACUGACUGUGUAGAGAUAUCUCUGGAGGAUAUACAUCCUCUUAAUGAGUUUCCCAAGGAUAUAAUCAUGACCUCUGAUACAGUUUUCCCCGCGGAGAAGAGGCAUUUGCAGAUCCGAACUGAUAGCAAGCUUCGUGAUGCACUACUAUUCCGUGCACGAGCCAGGAAUGUCCUGCGAGAGGUAUUAGAGGAGUGCCAACUACCAUUUGUAGAAAUCGAAACACCUCUGCUUUUCAAAUCUACCCCUGAAGGAGCAAGAGAAUUUUUAGUUCCCACACGAAGGCGUGGGAUGGCAUACGCACUCCCACAAAGCCCGCAACAAUACAAACAAAUACUCAUGGCUAGCGGCAUCCCGAGGUAUUACCAAUUUGCGCGUUGCUUCAGGGAUGAGGACCUACGAGCAGAUAGACAGCCAGAAUUUACGCAGCUCGAUCUAGAAAUGUCAUUUGCAACCGGAGAAGAUGUGAUGGCGAUAAUCGAAGCUGCUGUGAAAAGGCUAUGGUCUUCAUUGAUGUCAGAACCAUUACCCUCGGGGAGCUUCCCGAGACUGUCCUAUGGAGAUGCCAUGGCCAAAUAUGGAUCAGACAAGCCAGAUGUACGAAUCGGGAUGGAGAUCAAGCGGAUUGAACACAUGAUUCCGGUUGACCUCGUCAGUAAAAUAAGCCCCCUGCAUAAUCCCAUCGUUGAAGCCAUCAAACUCGAAGGAAACGAGAACCCAGAGGAAAUGCGUAAAUUCCUUAAUUCAUUCAUGGACUCCCCUGAAGCGAGUAACUUUCAUAAAAAUCCAGAAGGUGGACCUGGCGCCUUCGUUUACGACUCUCGAAAACCCCUCUCUGGACUUCAGCCGUUUGGGUUUGAAGCAACAUGGGUUCUCGAGCAAGAACUGGAUCUGAAGGAUGGUGAUCUACUCAUUAUCCAAGCUCGCAAAAACGCCCCUUUCUCCGGAGGUUCGACUCCGCUAGGCGAUCUUCGCCGGGAAAUCCACAAAGCAGCCGUGGGAGCCACCCUCAUAUCCUCCCCUACAGGCUUCCACUUCCUCUGGGUCAGAGACUUUCCCCUGUUUUCCCCCAUCACCGACUCGGAACCAGGCCAAGGAGGCGCUGCCGGAAUCGCAUCUACGCACCACCCUUUUACUGCACCGCUCCGCAAGUCAGAUGUAUCCCUUCUUCUCACAGACCCAACGAAAGUAAUCGCAGACCACUAUGACCUGGUCGUCAAUGGCGUCGAACUCGGCGGUGGAAGCCGCCGUAUUCACUCUGCAGCUGUCCAGGAAUUCAUACUUCGCGACAUACUUAAAAUGCCCGCAGACAGACUUGCGGACUUCUCGCACUUGCUUGAGGCGCUGAGAGCCGGAUGCCCCCCACAUGCGGGUAUCGCGCUUGGUUUCGAUAGGCUAGUGGCAGUCAUGCUGGGCAAGGAAAGUUUGCGGGAUGUAAUUGCGUUCCCGAAGUCUGGCAAGGGAGAGGAUUUGCUGGUGAAGUGUCCGAGUGAAAUGACCGAGGAGUCAUUGAGGACCUACCAUCUUCAGCUGAGGGAUGACGUUGUUUGA